AGUGGAUCAUCAAGCAGGCACCAAAUCCCCUGUGAAAUAGAGUUUAGCUUCAGAUUCGGCCAUGUCGAGUGAUCCUUGCUUUAUAUCAAGCUCCAAAUCCAGGUCACAGACACCUAGGCAACCCAGUUUCGGAAAUCGUUGUUUGUUGAAGGCUAAGCAACAGAAGACACGGUUUUACAUCUUGGGACGUUGUGUCUCCAUGCUUUUGUGUUGGCACGACCAUUCUAUUUCAGAUUGAGUUCUAUGACAAUACUCCGUUUCCAGGCAUCCCAUCGUCCAUUGGGUUUUCUAAAUAGAAUGGUUAAGGGGCAGGCAGAGCAUUCAUUUGUAUGCCAGAACC